AUUUAAUCGUCGUAUUUGACGCGGGCUCUACUAUACCCCGCUGUCGCCAUAGAGAAAAUUGCCCGCCCGGUGUCACCUAGAAAACGAGUUCUUGCCGAAAAUGCCGUCAACCCGUGUGCAUCGAGAUGGACUUCUUGUGGUGACUUUUGCUGUCGCAUUUCUGUUAUGCUCCGCAUCCUCCGAGAAAGUCGUGAAUAUCACGCUCUACUACGAAGGACUUUGUUAUGCCUGCCACGAUUUCAUCCUGCACCAACUCCACCCCACAUACGGCAAGCUCGAAGACUACCUCGACGUCGAUAUCUUGCCUUUCGGCAACGCCCACAUGCACGUCACCAACGGUACCGUCAAAAUUCAGUGCCAGCACGGACCUGACGAGUGCUACAUCAACGAAGUGCAGACGUGCGCUGUGAAGUAUGUCCACCCGACCCGAAAGCUUCUAGACUUCGUUGCGUGCAUGCUAAGCCAGAACGAUCCCACCAAAGCUGGGAAGCCGUGUGCCGUGAAGGUGGGUACCGACUGGGGUGUCUUGGACAGAUGCAGCAGUGGACCCGAAGGUACGCAGCUUCUGUACGAGAUGGGAAAGAGGACGCGGAACCAUAAGCCACCAAUCGGGUACGUGCCGUGGAUAGAGGUCAACGGAGCGCACAACCCCACAAUUCAGCAGAAGGCCUCGCGUGAUCUGUUUGGCUUCGCCUGCGAGCUUCUCGGGCCAGAUGCCCCUAGGAUCUGCAAGAAGCCGCACUCGUACUAUUGUGCCGCAUGACAGUGACCGAUAUACACCCGUCACCGCACAGUUAAUCUUGUACGUUGCUGCUAUGAAGACACAUCACGGCAAUGAUUGUCUUACUUAACCUGCUGCUGGAAUAAAUCGGAAACAGUAUACAGCAAAGAAAAAAAAAACGCC